AUGAAAAAGGUAGAUGAAAAUAUAGAGAAGGGUGGGGAUGAUAAAUUUCUUUUGCAAAGAAAAAAGGCAAUCAAAAGCAUGAUCGAAGUAUGGUAUGAGAGGAUGGAGGAUAACUGGAAGCAGUUAUCUCAGUCACUAUUUUCCUCGCAAAUAGAUGAAAACACUAAGUUCUUCCAUUCGGUUGCUAAAACCAAGAGGCGGAGCAAAGUUAUAGAAGAUAUCCACAUUAACAGGAAUUGCUCCAAAGGUGUUAGUAGAGUAAAAUAUAAGAUGCGAAGGUUCUAUAAGGAGUUGUAUAAGGAGGAGAAAAACUUUAAUAUUCUUUUUGAUAAGUCGCUGGUGAAGUCCAUUAGUGCAGCGGAAGCAAGAGGUAUGGAAUUAAUCCCGUCAAAGGAAGAGAUCAAGUCAGCUGUGUGGGGUUGGAAACCGAGUCAUGCUGCGGGGUCAGAUGCGUUUAAUUUUAAGUUCAUUAAGAGAUUGCAGGAGAUAAUUGGGGAUGACUUUUGUAGAUCAGUAAGAAAGUUCUUCGUUGAUUGUAGUCUCCCGAAAGAAGCGAACUUGACAUGA